AUGGGGGAGGACGGUGCUAAGGAUGUUGGGCCCGGAAUAAAGCCCGAUGUCAACUCUCAAGAUUCAAAUGUUUCUAGUUCAGCGGGCCAAUACGCACUUCAGCCUGCUAGUAAUCAAGCGAGCAAUGGGGCAGGGUCGUCCAAGAACAACCAAUCCCCCAGGACGGGCCCGCAAGCCUCCCAGUCCAGAAACUUCGAGUUCGUGCUAGUUACGGAUAAUGAGUCUCGGCGUCAGGUACGCCGUCAUGCUAUGCGUCAAUAUAUGCAUCAGCGGCGCUUGGACAGCAUUGCCCGCCUAGGGGCAUCUCGUAUACCUGUUGGUGGUUGGACCACCCGUCCUCCCUCCGAUACCCAUGUAUCAGACACCUCUUCCCGCGUGGAAGAGGUGCAAGAGGAGACUUAUGCAAAUGUCAAGGCAGAAUCUCCGACUAAGACCGAAGAUCAAAAUAACACCGAACAUAUUAGAAGACCCUCACGGUUGCUGAUACCAAAACUGCACAAGGUUAAACGUGAAGAGGAGACUUCUCCUCCGAUUGCUGAACUCGCGACAUCUGACCCUCGCGCGUCUCCUGGGGAAGGAGGCAGGCGAGAUCCCUUUAGCUGCUACCCGAUCUCGGUUAGCCAUGUGGAUCAUGAACUGAUCCAGCACUCGGAUGUCCAGGCUCUCUUAGGGGUUCUAUUCUAUGAUAUGGUUGGGGGCUUACAAUUUCAAGUUGUGGUGACUUAUCCGUCCAUGAUGUAUAAAUUCGCCGAGUCCAUUGCGAACAAUCCAUUGAUGGAGAUAUUCCGACAAUUCGCAUUACAUGAUGAACUUCCUUUUCAAGCUAUGCUUGCCAUUGCCUCCAAGCAUCGUGCGGGUGUGGAAGGAAAGGCGGAAUCUGUCCAGAGUCUCACCCACAAAAUGCGAGCGCUGCGACUAAUGAAUGAGCGUAUCCAAGCAGACUCGAUGGGUCAUCAUGAUGGGACUAUAUACGCUGUUGCUACUAUGGCAGUUAUCGAGAAAUGGUCGAAAGAUGCCUCAAUAGAACGGAUGCACUUCAGGGGCUUAUCGUCAAUGAUCAGAAAUCGAGGAGGGAUGCAAGGAAUGCGAGCCUCGAGCCCUUUCCUGGAGAAAGUCUUAUACUGGGUUGACUUCAGUUGCGCUCCAAAGGCGAUAUAUGGUACUUCGCUGCCUUGGUCUGGAACCUUACCGGACAGUCCUCCCGCUGGACUUGAUUUUGUCGACGCCGACAUUCAUUUUGCUAUCCCCCAUCAUUUCGCAACAGAAGAAGGUGCAGAAAGCCUCUGUGACCAACUCCGGGCAUGUGAGGAUUUCUUAAGAUUUUUUCGCCGCCUUCAUGAACUGGAAUACACUGCACUUGAGUCACCUUCUAUCAUGGUAUCUAGCAAUGCCGGUCACCGCAACAAGCGCUUUGGCCCCGGCACUCAGUUAUAUUCGAUCCUCACUAUGCUCCCAGACUACGACCAUGGGAUCCGCGAUGUGCGGUUCAUUGACGAAUUCACAUGCAUGUCAUGUCUCUUCUUCCUCGCUGUUGCGUUAUACGAUUGCUACUCAACAUCCUCCAACUUCGACCGGUACCUUGACUGGCUGGACCUGGAGAUAAAAAGGCUCAAUCCUUAUACGAACCCCAGUAUUACCUCUGUAUUAUGGCUUUUCCUCAACAACGGUGGCUAUUCAAACGGCCAUGCUGGCGAUGCAGGAGAGAGAUGCUGGAUCGUCUCCCGAAUGAUCCGCAUCGCCAAACGUCUGGAAUGGAAACGCCACGGGACAAGCUGGGACCGUCUCCGACAAGUUUUGAUAGAUUUUAUUCUAACACAGCAAGAAUGCGCCCUUGGAACAGAUCAAGUCAAUGAAGAAGCCCUCGCGGCUCGACAGCAGAAGCGCCGGCGAUCGGCUGAAUACUUUUGGAGUGAGGACGAAAUGCGCGAAGAUAUUCUGGACUUUGAUCUCAGAUCUUUCACCCCAUAUUCAGAGACAAAUGUACCAAUCCUUACAUGA